AGUCCAGCACUACACUUUCCUGCGUUGUGGCAACACGAGAUUUCGAUUUCGGAUUUCGGCAUUCAAUUAACUUUGAAAUAACACCCAAAGAACAGCCUGCGAUGCAUCCCGAUCUCACGGAGCGCAUUCUCCAGCACCUGGAGUCCACCGACAAGGUGGACACAUUAGAUCUGGCCGCUCUGUUCGCAGAGGAUCACCAGAAAAUUGUGGGCGCGCUGAAGAGCAUACAGGCGCAUGGCGAGUUGGUCACCGCUGAAACGGCCACCCACAAGAGUCUGGGCCUCACGGACGAAGGUCGCGCUGUGGUGGAGCACGGCAGCCACGAGGCCCUGGUCUACGCCUUAGUUCCCCCGGAGGGAAUCGCUCAGUCCGCUUUAAUGGCUGCCGGAGGACCGAAUGCCAAAGUGGGCUUCAGCAAGGCCAUGUCUCAUGGCUGGAUUUUGGUGGACAAGAGCGUCAGUCCUCCGCUGGUCCGUCGCAAGGUGGACAAUAUCAAGGACACGGUGCAGGAGCAGCUGCAGCAAGUGGCUAAGGGAAAGGGUGACCAACUGCCGGCCAAGGAAGUCGCCGACUUCAAGAAACGCAAGCUCCUCCAGGAAACCACCACCAAAAGCUUUGUUUUGGCUCGCGGUCCCGAAUUCGCCACCACUCUUACCAAGCUGGAGACAGAUCUCACUGUGGAAAUGCUGGCCAGUGGUCUGUGGGAUCAGCUGAAGUUCAAGGCUUACAACUUUGAUGCUUUGGGUGCUCCACCGACGCGUGGUCACCUGCAUCCCUUGCUCAAGGUACGCACCGAGUUCCGGCAAAUAUUCCUCGAGAUGGGCUUCUCCGAGAUGCCCACGAACAACUAUGUGGAAUCGUCCUUCUGGAACUUCGAUGCUCUCUAUCAACCACAACAGCAUCCAGCUCGGGAUGCCCACGACACCUUCUUCGUGAACCAUCCGGCCAAGAGCCACAAGUUUCCGCAGGACUAUCUGGAGCGCGUGAAGAAGGUGCACUCCGUGGGUGGCUAUGGAUCGAAGGGCUACGGCUACGACUGGAAGUUGGAGGAGGCGCAGAAGAAUCUGCUGCGAACGCACACCACUGCCGUGAGUGCCAGGAUGCUGUACAAGUUGGCCAACCAGGAGGGCGGCUUCAAGCCGGCCAAGUACUUUAGCAUCGACAAGGUGUUCCGCAACGAAACGCUGGACGCCACGCAUCUGGCGGAGUUCCAUCAAGUAGAGGGUGUGAUCGCGGAUGUUGGCCUCACGCUGGGCGAUCUCAUUGGCACGCUGUACGAGUUCUUCCAAAAGCUGGGCAUCACGCAGCUGGAAUUCAAGCCUGCCUACAAUCCGUAUACCGAGCCCAGCAUGGAGAUCUUCUGCUAUCACCCCGGCCUGGGCAAAUGGAUCGAGGUGGGCAACUCGGGCGUCUUCCGCCCGGAAAUGUUGCUGCCCAUGGGCCUGCCGGAGAACGUGAACGUGAUCGCCUGGGGUCUGUCGCUGGAACGACCCACCAUGAUCAAGUACGGCAUCAACAACAUUCGGGAUCUGGUCGGGCCCAAGGUGGAUCUAAAGAUGGUCGAGGAAGGCCCAAUCUGCCGCCUGGACCAUGCAUAAGUUGUGCCUUGAAACCCCUAAGACCUGCGAUCAAAUUGCAUUUUAUCACAAACGAUUGUUCCAAAAAUAUUUAUAAAUAAACUUUCCACAACAGAAAAAAAAAACUUAUUGUUCUA